AUGACGGAGACGGCGUCAUUGCCAACCACCCAGAAAGCUCUCAAAGUCCACGGGCCGGGUGAUUUGCGCCUUCAACACGACUGCCUCGUGCCGAUCUUGCAAGACGACGAGAUCCUCGUGCGGGUGAGAUGCGUAGCCAUCAACCCGGUCGACGCAAAGGUGCUCGACAUGGGCCCUAUCGUCGGCGCCACCCUGGGAUGCGAGUUCUCGGGCGAUGUGGCACGGGUGGGCUCGUUGGUCGAGAACAAGCGGGUGGUGGUGGGAGCCGCCGUGUUUGGCUGCGUGUACGGCAACCACCCGGGGCAGCCGGAUAACGGCGCCUUCGCCGAGUUCGUUGCGGUGGCCGGGGACCUCGUCUACCUGCUGCCCCGCCACAUGACUUAUCAGGAGGGUGCCACCCUGGGAGUAUCCUUACCGACCGUGGGCAUGUCGACUUACUACCCUUGGAAGUUCCCGCCGCCGCCGCUGCCGCUGUCGUCUUCGACUCCGGACACUGACGCUGACGCUGAUGCCCAGUACGUGCUCGUGUACGGCGGCAGCACGGCAAUGGGUGCCGCGGCGCUGCAGCUGCUCCGCAUGUCGGGGCUGCUUCCGGUGUGCACCUGUUCCCCGCACAACUUCGCCAUGGUGAAGGCUCUGGGUGCCGUCGAGGCGUUCGACUAUCACGAGCCCACCUGCGGAGAUAGCAUCCGCGAGUACACGGCUGGCACGCUUGCCUACGCGCUCGACUGCAUCACCGACUUGGCGUCAAUGAGGAUCUGCUACACGGCCUUGGGGGGCGGCGGCGGCCGAUACAUGGGGCUGGACCCCCUGCCUCUCCGCGCCCACACGCGCCGCGACGUCAAGCCCGAAUGGACCCUCACCUUCACCAUGUUCAACAAGCCGCUCGAUCUGGGCAGGCCCUUCUCGCGUCCGGCAAGGCCCAAGGACAGAGCCUUCGCCAAGGGCUGGUUUGGAGCCACGCAGCCGCUGAUCGACACACCUGGCCGGGUUCGACCUCACCCCCUUGACCUGAGUUCUGGCGGGUUGCAAGACGUGAUCAAAGGUCUGGAUCGUAUGCGCAGGGGUGACGUGAGCGGGGUCAAGCUGGUCUACUCACUGAUGUGA